AUGACUUCGACGAAACCUAUGCGCCAGCGCGUCGAGGAGUAUAUCAGGGCUCUACAAGAGGAGAUCGUAGGCGCUUUCGAAGCUCUCGACCCCAACGCACCCAAAUUCAAGCGCGAUUCAUGGAUCCGCGCUCAGGGGGGCUCGGGGCAGUCCUGUGUCUUCGCCGUACCCCCCUCAGUCGAAGCAGCUACUGCGAAGAAUACAAUUCUGGAGAAAGCAGGCGUGAAUAUCUCGAUCGUUCACGGAAUGCUCCCUCCCCCUGCGAUAAAGCAGAUGCGCGCGGAUCAUGCGAGUUUACCUCUACCAGAAGAUGUGAAAGGCGCUAGCUUGCCGUUCUUCGCCGCUGGCCUCAGUCUCGUGGUCCACCCGCGCAACCCGCAUGCCCCCACCGUUCAUCUGAACUACCGAUACUUCGAAAUAACGGAGCCCACUGAUGCAUCGGAGACCCCCAAAGUGCUCGCUUGGUGGUUCGGCGGGGGAUCCGAUCUGACGCCGUCGUAUCUGUACGAGGACGAUGCCGUGCACUUCCACAAAACGCUGAAGGAGGCCAGUGAUAAGCAUGGAACGGCGCUGUUCCCCGCAUUCAAGAAAUGGUGCGAUGAGUAUUUCUACAUCACGCACCGAGGGGAGACGCGUGGCGUAGGAGGUAUCUUCUUCGACGAUCUCAGCGAGGGACCCCAUGCACGCCUCCCCUCGUCUUCCGACGGCGCCCGCCCUGCCACCGCCGACACGAUCUUCGAACUCAUUAAAUCGCUUGGGUCCGCGUUUGUCCCGUCUUAUCUCCCCAUCCUCGCGCGACGACAUGCAAUACCGUACACCGCCGAGGAACGCAGGUGGCAGCUCCUACGAAGAGGCAGAUACGUCGAGUUUAAUUUGGUGUAUGAUCGGGGGACAAAGUUCGGGCUGAUGACACCAGGGGCAAGGAUUGAGAGUAUAUUGAUGAGUCUCCCCGAAGAGGCACGAUGGGAGUAUAUGAGCGACAUGGGGGAAGCUGGCACUCGCGAAGGGGACCUAAUGGAAGUCCUGAGGACGCCGAGAGACUGGAUUUAA